CCCCAGUCCUGCAAUGAAUUGACGCGUUGGUGACUUUCAUGCACCCUGAUCGAGCAGACAUGGCCCAAGGUGCGGAGCUCAAGACCCCCCUGGUCCUGCAGAACUACAUCGGGGGGGAGUUUGUCCCAUGUUCCCGAUACAUAGACUCAUACGACCCGUCCACAGGGGAGGUGUACUGCCAGGUGCCAGACAGCGGCCCAGAUGAGGUUGAGCAGGCGGUCAACGCGGCCAAAGAAGCGUUCUCCUCUUGGGCCGCCAGGAGCCCCGCCGACAGGGCCCACGUCCUCAACAAGCUGGCCGACCUCCUCGAGGCCCACCUGGAGGAGUUCGCACAGGCCGAGUCCAGAGACCAAGGUAAGACGGUGACGGCAGCUCGCGCCAUGGAGGUACCGAGGGCGGUGUACAACUUCCGCUUCUUCGCGUCCUCCGUCCUGCACCACAUGACCGAGUGCAGUGAGAUGCCCCACGCGGAGUGUGUCAGUUACACGGUGCGCCGCCCCGUCGGUGUGGCUGGACUCAUCAGCCCCUGGAACCUUCCUCUCUACCUGCUCACGUGGAAGAUCGCCCCGGCCAUCGCCACGGGCAACACGGUGGUGGCCAAACCCAGCGAGAUGACAUCUGUCACGGCCUGGAUGUUGUGCAAACUCCUCAAAGAGGCAGACAUCCCCCCCGGCGUGGUGAACGUCGUGUUCGGGACGGGGCCCCGAGUCGGCGACGCGCUGGUCUCUCACCCCGAGGUGCCGCUCGUCUCCUUCACGGGGAGCACGGCCACAGCCCGGCUCAUCGCCGAGCGCAGCGCCCCCUACUGCAAGAAGCUCUCCAUGGAGCUGGGCGGCAAGAACCCGGCCGUAAUCUUCGAGGACGCGGACCUGGAGGAGUGCGUCGCCACCACCGUGCGCUCCAGCUUCUCCAACCAGGGGGAGAUCUGUCUCUGCACCAGCAGGGUCUUUGUGGAGAGGAGCCUUUACCCAGAGUUCCUGCAGAAGUUUGUGGUCGCAGCCCGCCAGUGGAAGACGGGGUGUCCCUUGGACAAGAGCAGUAACAACGGAGCCCUCAUCAGCAAAGAGCACCUGGAGAAGGUGAGGAGCUACGUGAAACUGGCUCUCUCCGAGGGCGGAGUGGUGCAUUGUGGGGAGGGCGUCGACCCGCUGCCUCUGCCCGAACGCAACAAGAACGGCUACUUCAUGGGCGCGACGGUCAUCACGGGCGUGGCGGACGAGUCGCGCUGCAUGCAGGAGGAGAUCUUCGGGCCCGUGGCCAUCGUGACGCCCUUUGACGGCGAGGAGGAGGCGGUGCGCCGCGCCAACAACGUGCGCUACGGUCUGUCCGCCGUCGUGUGGUCGCGGGACGUCGGUCGGGUGCACCGCGUCGCCCAGCAGCUGCAGGCCGGCAUAGUGUGGACCAACUGCUGGCUCGUCCGCGACCUCAACCUGCCCUUCGGGGGCAUGAAGUGCUCCGGCGUGGGGCGCGAGGGUGGCUGGGACUCGUACCACUUCUUCACCGAGGUCAAAACCAUCACCGUCAAGCACUGAGGGGCGGCGCUGGUGCUCCGGGUCACUGAGGUGAAAUGAAAUGAUCAAUGAUGCUACACGAGGGCUGUGGGGAGU